AGCGUCGCCCACUUCCAUGGAGGUCGCCCAAUUUCUCUUCUGUUCCACUCUGCUUCCGUCCCUCCCUGUGCUGCUCGUCCCCUUCCUUUCAUCCUUUCCCCACCCGCGCCGCCUCUCCCUCUGCCCUGCUCCUCCGCUCUAAUCCUAGCUGCGUUGAUUCUUCCACAUCCCGCGCCUAUUGCCUCGCUCUAAUUCGACGCCCAGGGUUUGGGGUUCCUCCUUGGCGAGAUUUGGCGGCUCGGGCUAGCGCGCUUGCGUUCUUGGGGUCCUCGCGGCGGGACCACCGCUGCAGCUGCCGUCGGCGAGGUGAGCUAGGGUGCUCGACGGAAUGCCUCCGGGGAAGAGGGGAGAGGUGGACGAAGGCGCACGUCCGGAUGUGGAAGGAGACCGAAUCAGCGCGCUGCCUGACGUGCUCCUGAGCCACGUGCUCUCACUCCUGCCGGCAGAGGAGGCCGUGCGGACGUGCGUCCUGGCCCGGCGCUGGCGCCAUCUCUGGAAGUCCGCCCCUGCCUUGCGCAUUGGGCACCUCCACAAGCAUAAGCCCAAGUCUGUCGGCGCGCUCCGCAAGUUUGUGGACCAUCUCCUCCUCCUUCGUGGUGGUUUGUCUCUCAAUAAAUUCGAGCUCAGGUUGGGUGGCUUCUCAGGCCCUGAUGAUGUGCCCCGCGUAAAUCUCUGGCUGCGGCAAGCUGUAAUGUGCAAAAUUCGGGUGCUCAAGCUCUACCUCCAUCAUAAUAAUGCGUAUAUUGAUCCCUGGCUUGAGCUAGAUGAUCUGCCUCUGGUCUCAAAGUACCUGACCAGGCUACAGCUUCGCGGUGUAAGGUGUCAUGCUAGUUUCCUCAACUUUUCGAGCUGUCCGGCACUGGAACAAAUAGAGUUUGAGUACUGUAAUGUCUCAUCAGCCCAGAAAAUCUCAUCUGAGUACCUAAAAUGUCUGAGCAUCACUGAUUCCGUAUUUGGUGAGGAUUCCCGCAUUCGAAUUUGUGCUCCAAAUCUUGUGUCGUUGCAUCUAGAUGACCCUUGGUUCUACACACCCAUCCUUGAAAGCAUGCCAGGAUUAGCAAAGGCAUUUGUUCGAAUAGCCGAGCAAUGUCAUGACAGUUGCAGUAAACUAUGGGAUCCACAUCAGCAUUGUGAUUGUCAGUACUGUAACAGUUCUGAUAACAUUGGUGAUGGAGCUGACAAUUGUAUGCUUUUAAAAGGCUUAUCGGAAGCUAAGAGUUUGGUAUUGAUUUCUGACCUUGACUUGGUAUACUUACACCCUACCUCAUUUAUUUUCAAAAGCGAUUUGAGAUGGUGUCCUACCUUUAAGAAGCUAAAGACUAUGUUGCUCAAUGAAUACUGGUGUGUACCUGACCUCCAAGCAUUAACUUGCAUUCUUGAGCACUCACCGAAUUUAGAGAAGCUUACUCUUCAACUCUUUUCUAAAGGGCCUAAACAUAAAGUGGAAAUGAAUGGAAGCUUCAGUUCGAUGGAGCGAUCAGUUGGAAUAUCUGAACAUCUUAAGAUAGUUGAAGUCAAGUGUGAAGUGAUUGACGAAAGAGUUCUCAAAGUUCUGCAGUUCCUAUGCACAUUUAGCAUACGUUUCAGUUUUUAAUUAGAAGCGAAGAUUUGGGCAGUUGCUGGAUCUACGGUGUCUCACUGUUAUGAAAUGCAAUGCUAAUUUCAGUGCAAUGAGGAUACCAUCUUUUGUCUAUUGGGCCAUCGGGUGUCUUGGGUCAGUACUAGACUUCUGAUCUUAGGAACGUGUAAAAUUUGUAAUUUAAAUUGUUCAAGACUUUCUUUAUCUAGUUGGGCCUUGCCAUCUCUAUUCUCGUUGCCAGAUGUCCAUGGAGCUGCCUUAGAUGUAAACGAAAAACCUUGAAGAUGAUUGCUAAUUUCGAAAGAUAAAAAUCUAGUCUGUUAGAAAAA